UCCAUAUCAUUUGGCAAAUAGAUUUCUAAUUUUCUUUUACAAAUUUUUCUCAGCCCUUUUAAUUUACUAGAAAUGGAGGAGGUGGCAAUGGAAAAAUCAGUGUCCAAGAGUGAUGCAACAAAUAAUCGACUGGAACUUCCGAUGGAAAGCCUUAGCAAUUUCCCCAUCCCUAAUGGUCAAAAUCAUUUCGAAUUUGUUGCAAUGGACAUGGUAGACCGGCCAUGGGAAUUCAAGGUCUCCAUUCGCAACGAGGGAAAAUAUAAGAAGCCUUGGAUGUCAGGCCAAUGGGGGAGCUAUGCUCGUGAGAAAAGGUUGAAGCAAGGAGAUAGAGUUAAGUUGAUUGUGCAAGUGGAGGGAAAUGUUGUCAGGAGUUAUCGUAUCACGGCUGAAAGAAACCUGACGAUGGGCAUCUGGAUUCCAGUUGAAGAUUUUGCAAGCUAAAAAUGGAAAUAGUUAAGGUGUGUUAUAAGAAAUGUUGCCCCUUUCUUCCUUGAUGUUAACUCUUGUUGUUGUAAUUUUGGUAUUAAGUUAAUUAGCCCAGUGGCUUUGUACCUUGUAUCCUUCGUAGUUGUUUGCGCCAUUAAUCACUGGUUCCUGUACUUUAUGUGCUGUGUAGACUUACCAGUAUACACGGUGGUAUGUUGUGUAUUAAUUUCCGUAUUUUUCUUUUAUAAGAAAAGGG